AUGAGCUGUCCUCAUCUAAAUCAAGCUUUUAGAAAUGAAAAAACCCGGGAUGGAGUCUUGAAGACUUACAAUAUGAUCCGAUACAUCAUCGAGCAUAGCACAUUUAAAAAUCGUCAUCUUCUAUCGAUGCGAUGCUCUGAAUGCUAUGAAAUCAAUAACGGAUCGACUUUUAUGUGCUUACAGUGUGGGUGCUGCGGAUGCUGGAACUCUGGACAUUUUGCCAUGCAUAGCAAAAAAGUGGGACACAUUUUUGGCGUAAAUUCCAGCAACGGACUUUUAUUUUGUUUCAAGUGCAUGGACUUUGUGAGUGGGAAUGAAAUGCUCACUAAUUCCAUGCUCGUGAAAUACUGGGACGAUAUUUCGGUGAAGACUGCACCACCCAGCCUUCAUGGGAGAGAUGGUUUAUGUGGACUGGUUAACAUGGGUUCAACGUGCUUCAUGAGCACCAUUGUACAAACACUGGUUCACAAUCCAUACAUUCUCAAAAAUAGUCUAGAUCAACACCAUUUUGCACAUUGUGAUUCUGAGGAUAGUCUUUCCUGUUUUUCUUGCGCCAUGGAUACUGUUAUUACGAAUUUCUACGGUCCCUCGAACGACAGUUCUUUUCCCGCAAGUCAAAAAGGUUUCAUCGAAUUACUUCUAUGUUCUUGGAAGGCCAACAAAAAUUUAGCAGGAUACUCUCAACAGGAUGCACAUGAGUUCUUACAGUUUUUUUUGAAUCAGCUACAUUCGGACUACGUCAGAGUCAGCAAAAAGACAUCGAUAAAACCAGAAUUCUGUAAAUGUAUUGCGCAUUCAGCUUUUCAAGGUAUGUUGCGAAGCUCAAUCAUUUGCGCAGAUUGUCACGAUGGUAGUAACAUCAAGUUUGAUCCCAUGAUGGAUCUGUCCUUGGACAUAAACAACAAGACUACGUUAAUCGAAUGUCUGCAGAGCUUUCACGAGGGCGAAAAACUAACAGACUUCAAUCACAAAUGCCGUAACUGUGGAUCAACCCAAAACCCUAUCAAACAAAUGACCAUUUCCAAGCUACCACCAAUUUUGGUUCUCCAGUUAAAGCGGUUUGAGCACCGUAUGACAGGUACAAGCGUGAAGCUUAAUGACUUUGUCGAAUUUCCUGCAUAUCUUAACAUGACCCCUUACUGCCAUAAAGAUGAAUCCAAACAUGUUCCUGAAUUCGUUUACGAGUUGGUAGCGGUCAUCUCUCAGGAGGGUUCUGUAAAUCAAGGGCAUUACACAAGCAUGUGCAAAAUAACAGGAGGUCAAUGGUUCCGUUUCAACGACUCAAUGGUAACAAGUAUUUCGGAGGAGGAUGUGCUGCGUCAACAAGCAUACUUAAUUUUUUACGUCAUUCGCCAAAUCGGUUAA